GAAAAAAAAAAAAAAAAAGAAUGGCUUCAUGGCAUUUAAGCGAACAGCAAAAACGCAUUUGUCUUUUUCCUAUUCCAACGCUACCUCGUCUAGGCCCUAAGGCACGAGAUGUCGCUAUCUAUUUUUCAGGAGCACUGUUUGCUCUUGGCUGGUGGUUCUUUAUUGAUGCAGUCAUCCGUUCUAAGAACUGGGAUUACAGUGAAGGCUUCAAGAAGACAGAGGUUGCCUUUGUAGACUGGGUCCCUGGCAUCUGUAGUACCAUUGGCAUGAUAGUUAUCAGUAGCAUUGAUAAAGCUGCACUUAGAGGCGAUUCAUUUUCGUUUUCGAGUGGGGGUGGAAGUGCAAGCAUUGCAUGGAAAGCACGUGUGUUCUUAUUCAUUGGAUUCGCAUUUAUGGCUGGAGGACUUGCAGGCUCAGUGUCCGUUCUGUGCAUCAAAUAUAUUUUGCCAGCCUAUGGUGAGCCAUUCACCUUCUGGGGAGUUUGCAACGUUGUCCAGAAUGCAUCAAUUAUGUUCAGCGCUGCAAUUUUGUGGGUUGCUCAAAGCACUGAAUCUGAAUACCAGUACAAUUUUGCUAUCUAAUACAGUCCAAGAAUAAGCAGGCGCUAAAGGAAGUGAUGAUUUAAAUGUAUAUUCUCAAAACGAAGUAGAACCCCUCCUCGGUAUGAAUAAGUGGAUGAGUACAUGAAAAAUAAAAAAGUGAUAAUAGUAAAAGUGUGUCC